AAAGAGAGAGUAGGCAUGGAGAAGCACAGCUAGUUAGAGAGAGAAAGGCUGAAGCAAAGAGGCGGUAGGGAGAGAGAAAAACCCUAGAUGGGCAUUCCAAAGCCCUGCUCUCUCUCAAUUUCAGCCCCACAACCGAUUCUCAUAUUCCCGACGACGAUUCUCCUGACUCUACUCUCCCUCCUCGCCGGCACCUCCGCCGCCACCAUCUACGAUCUCAUCUACAAGGGCUGCGCCAACCAGCAGUUCCCCGGCGGCGGGGUCGGCGGAGCUCAGCAGACCCUCUCGUCACUCUCCUCCACCAUCAUCUCCCAAUCCGCUUCCUCCAAGUUCUACAAAACCACAACCUCCUCCUCCUCCAGCCAACCCAUAUUCGGCCUCUUUCAAUGCCGCGGCGAUCUCAGCUCCUCCGACUGUGCAGCUUGCGUCGCGAAGGCAGUUCAGAUGUGGAGCUCUCUGUGCGGCGCCACGGUGGCCACGCGCAUCCAGCUCGCCGGCUGCUACGCGCUCUACGAGAUAUCUGGAUUUCCGCAGGUAUCGGGAACGCAGAUGCUUUACAAGACCUGCGGUUCGGGUGGUGGCGGAGGGGUAGGGUUUGAGGAGAAGAGAGACACUGCUCUCUCGAGCUUGGAGAACGGGGUGACCGGCGGAGGAGGAUUCUUCGCGACCAGUUACCAAUCGGUUUAUGCCAUGGCGCAGUGUGAGGGAGAUCUGUCUUCAGCUGACUGUGGUGAGUGUGUUCAGCAAGCUGUACAGAAGUCACAAGUCGAAUGCGGAGGGGCUAGCUCCGGCCAGGUUUAUCUUGAUAAAUGCUACAUUAGCUAUAGUUACUAUCCAAAUGGAGUUCCUCGCGGCGGCGGCGGCGGGAGUGGGGGGGGGGAAGUGGGGGUGGCGAUGGAGGUAGGUCAGCAAACAGGGAAGACGGUGGCCAUUGUAGUGGGAGGGGCUGCAGCUCUGGGAUUUCUGGUCAUCUGCCUCCUAUUUGCCAGAAAUCUAAUGAAAAAGAAAGAUGAUUUUUGAAGCUCUUGGUCUUGGUGCUGACAGGUUGGGGAAAAACCACAAUUUGAAAGGAGAAUGAAUGUUUUUUGUGGGAGACAGAGGUGAGUUUUUGGUCUUUUCUUUAAGCCAUGUGGAGUUUGUCUACCCACCAUCAGAAUUGGGUCCAAGUGGGAGUGAGGGGGAGGGAGGGAGGGUAAGUAGAGAAAAUUAUAUUUUGUUCUCUCUCCAGUUUGGGCUCACUGUUGAAGAUUCUCUAUGUUUCAUAUAAAUUUUCUCUCUUUUCAAUGAGAUGAAAAUGAACAAAUCUGAAAUAUUGAUGGAAUUUUUUUGGGAUUAAAGAGGGUUUUCUUGUGAUAAUUAGCUUAUGUGUGAUGAACAUUCAUAUUGUGGUCAGUGUUAAACCAAACCAGCUUUGCUAUUUCACCAACAUAUUUUGAGGUUAUUUUUUGG